AUGGCUCAAUUUCACUUUACAUUUGCUUUAACUUUAAUGAUUGCUUUAAUAUCAAAUUCAGCAUCUCAGAUCCCAUCGGCAUCACCCACAAUGCCACCGUCAAGCGGCGGAGCUCCACCACCCACCACCACUAUGACACCAGCUAUGACUCCAACUUCUUCACCCUCCCCCACCGUGGUUCCAACUACCCCAAGCCCAUCAAUGGCACCAACCCCAUCAAUGAGCUCAUCACCUCCUUCACCAAUGGCUCCUACACCAACCCCAUCAAUGAGUUCAGCACCGCCACCAAUGGGUCCUUCUCCGUCUGGUCCCUCCGCCGACAACGCGCCGGCUAUGACUCCGGUUAAGUCUACACCAAGCUUUGCUGUUUCUACACGUGGAUAUACUAUGUCUUUGUUUGGUUUACUUGGAGCUGUGGCACUCUUUGUUUAG